AUGAAGUUGUAUACUUUGAACGGAUCGCCAAAGGCUCAGGUUUUUUUAGUGGUGCCUAUUGAGGGGAUUUUGAGGGCCGAGCUCAAGGAAAAAGUUGGUGGUCUUGUGGCAUACGCUGAUACUAGCUCAAAUCCUCCUGUUGAAUCACCUCAGGUUGAGGAUGACUACUUGGUGAAGGUUCUAGAAUCAGAACAACAAGCUGAGCUUUCAGGGGAUGAAUUUGCUCAAGAAUUACAGAGUACAUGCCUGGAGGAAGUCUUUGUUAUUGGUGCAUGUGCAAAACCUCCAAAUUUUUGCAUAGUUACAGAGUACAUGCCUGGAGGAAGUCUUUAUAGUUUUCUUCACAAGCAGGAUAACAUGCUAGAACUUUCUCUAUUGCUGAAGUUUGCACUUGAUGUAUGCAAAGGAAUGGUCUAUCUGCACCAGAACAACAUAAUUCAUAAGGAUUUGAAGACAACCAACUUGCUAAUGGACAAUGACAAUGUUGCGAAAGUGGCAGACCUCGGUGUAGCUCGAUUUCAAAAUCAAGGGGGAGUCAUGUCGGCAGAAACUGGAACAUACAGAUGGAUGGCACUCGGAGCCAGAGCAAAUACAUUUAACACCCCUGGUGUCGUGGAGCAUUGUCAUUUUCUGAAAGAGGUAGAGUCUGUUAAUGAAACUGUUGUUUCUGAAACUGGAAACAAAGUUGGACCCUUUAAACGUCGGUCAUUUAAGAGAUCCAAAUUGGUCUUUUGUCUUCUGGUUUUGGAUAUGUCUUGCAGUUAUGCACUAUUGUCUGAUUCAGCCAUCAUAUCUUCUUCCAUUUCCCUUCGGAAAACUCACUCCUUGCCUAGAACUUUAGCAAAGGGUGUGAAGGAUAUGGUAAUGGUCAUUCACUACUUUGACCCUAUAAAGGAACUUUGGAAUUUAUUGGAUUUGGUUAAACAUUUACUUACCAUUGACCUUGAGACAAGGUCCAAUUUAAGUGAAGGGAAUUGUCAGGACAUGAUGAACAACCAAGGGCCCUGUCAAUUGAGCCAAUUGUCAGGAAACCUGUCAAGUGAACUAAAGCUUGGAGACUCGAUGGGAGAGCUGGCGAACAUGGAUGUUGAAAGAAGACUAGACUGA